AUGAACGAUGAGGCUCGUCUAAUGCAUCAAGUCAACAACCACGACAUCCUUUUUGACGGACCAUUGUUGGCAAUGCUUCCCUAUGCGUCCCUCGUCAACUAUGACCAUACCAAGCGCAUUAGCCAGGACUUGGAGCGGUUUCACGCCGCACUCUCGGACAGGGCGAACCCUGAGGCUGAUACAAACGACGACAAGGACUUGAAUCGAAUGAAUCACACAACACAGUCCAACUUGACGAGCACAUAUCCCUUCAUAGCCCUCGAGCUUCUCCGCCACGAAGGUUCCACCAUCCACAGCGUUAAACACGAUCUCGAGUCUUUCUUUUGGGUUCUUCUUUGGUGUGUGCUUCGCCACACCCUACACAACCACCCCUCGAGAGCUCUCGCCUGUGAUGCUGUCUUUUCUGACAAUCCAACGAACAAAUGGGGCAUCUUAGGCCAUGGAUUCCCCGUCCGCACUGUCGAAGGCCCGCGAUCCGCGCUUUACGAUCUUGGUCGUCUGAUGAUGUACAUGGUCAAGAGGCAGAAUCCUCCAUCGGGCCCAGCACAACCCACGCCGCAACAUUUACUUGCUGCGGGAUACGGAUAUCUAGACGACUCACCCCCGCGCGAGGACAUGACACAUGCCUCACUCCUGAAAGCGUUUGCUCUACAAGUUCCCCGAGCGGACGAGUGGCCGGAGAAUGACGCCGCAAUUCCCUUUCUGGAAUCGGCGGCAAAGUUUGCGUUCCGGAGUUCGGCAACAUUGAACGGCCAAGUCACACAAGACGAUGAAGACGAAGACGCCAGUGCAUCGACCUGCUCUAUGGGGAGCUGGGACACUCGGGCGAAGUCCCGGUGGUCGGAGCAUCGAUGUUCCGAGGAGUUUUUUCAGCCGUCACCCGGCACGUGUAACGCGUAA